GGUGGGGAAUCGGUUUACUGAAAUAGAAAAAAAAUGGAAAAAAAAAAAAAAACUGUGAAGAAUUGUUGACAUACAAUAUAUAUAUACAUACAUACACACACAGUUCGUAUAAUUUCAUAUGUGAGAUAAAAGAGGGGCGAAAGAAUCGCUUCGUAUAUAAGUCAUCCAAAGCUGAAGACCCCUCAUUCGAUAUAUGUAUGUAUAAUCGGAUAUUUACGUUUUAUCUAGAUUAGCGAGAGAAUCUCGGAGUAGCAAUCCAAUAUUGUGUGCGUGUGUGAGGAGAGAGGCGACGGCAUGGCUGAUUUAAGCGUUGAUUCCGUUUGCCUCGAUGUGGAGACAAUCUAUCUCGGCGGGAAGGAGCAUAUUGUGCGAACAGGAACUGGUUCGGUAUCUGUUAUUAUAUACGGUGAUCCAGAGAAACCAGCUCUCAUCACUUAUCCGGAUUUGGCUUUAAAUCAUGUAUCAUGUUUUCAAGGUUUGUUCUUUUGUCCGGAAGCCGCGGCAUUGCUCCUUCACAAUUUCUGCGUUUACCAUAUCAGUCCUCCUGGGCAUGAGUUGGGAGCUGCUGCAAUUAGUGAAGGUUUUCCUGUGCCUUCUGUUGAUGAUUUAGCAGAUCAAAUUCUUGAGGUGCUCAACUACUUCAGACUUGGUGCAGUCAUGUGCAUGGGAGUAAUGGCUGGCGCUUACAUCCUGACCUUGUUCGCUAUGAAAUAUAGGGAGCGGGUUGUUGGUUUGAUACUUGUAUCGCCUUUGUGCAAAGCACCAUCAUGGACAGAAUGGCUCUGUAAUAAGGUGAUGUCAAAUUUGCUGUACUAUUACGGUAUGUGUGGUCUUCUGAAGGAAUGCUUACUUUACCGGUAUUAUAGCAAGCAGGAAGUUCGUGGCAAUGCAGAAGUUCCAGAAUCUGACAUAGUUCAAGCAUGUAGAAGACUGCUGGAUGAGAGGCAGAGCGCAAAUGUGCUUCGUUUUCUUCAAGCCAUAGACAGGAGACCUGACCUAACUGAUGGUUUGAGGAAAUUGAAGUGCCGAACUCUGAUAUUUGUUGGGGAUAGCUCUCCUUUUCAUUCCGAGUCUCUCGACAUGAUUGCAAAACUGGACAAGAGAUAUAGUGCCUUAGUUGAGGUGCUCGAUUGUGGAUCAAUUGUCACGGAGGAGCAGCCGCAAGCAAUGUUGACAUCAAUGGAGUAUUUCCUGAUGGGUUACGGGCUGCACAUGCCGAGUCAGCACAGUGGCAGCCCAAGGAGCCCGUUGAGCCCUACUUGUAUCGCGCCAGAGCUCCUCUCCCCGGAGAGCAUGGGAUUGAAACUAAAACCGAUCAAGACCCGCGUCACGUCACAAAGACUGCAUUAGUCUUCUAUUUGUCACUCUGUAAAUUUGGGAGGGCCACAUGAUAGUUUUUUCUUGUUUCUACCAUUUGUCACAUUCUUUGGUUGUAACUGUUGUCGGAAAAUGUUGGGGUAGAGAGAGAAAGAUGGGCUGUAGAUAUAUAUAUGUACAUGUAUACUGUAAAAGACUUGAAAAUUCUUUGGUUGGACAUAGGGUGGGAUUUGGGAGGAGUUUGUUGGAUGAUUCAUUCAUUUGUAGUCUUUCAUCAUCUUGUAAACAUCUGUUGUAAAUCUUGAUGACGGCGAGCUAUCAAUAAAUAAUGCAGAUCUGGUCUC